AGUGACGCUCUUACCGUGCGCCGGCGCUAAGAGCGUUCCAAGAUGGCGGGGCGCAAGGCCCGGCGGCGCACGUGUGAAAGUGAGGAGCCCAUGGAGGCCGAGUCCGGCGACAGAAGUUCCGAGGGCCCGGCCCAAGUCUACCUGCCCGGCCGGGGGCCGCCUCUGCGCGAAGGGGAGGAGCUGGUCAUGGACGAGGAGGCCUAUGUGUUGUACCACCGUGCACAGACUGGCGCCCCCUGUCUCAGCUUUGACAUUGUCCGGGAUCACCUGGGAGAUAACCGCACAGAGUUUCCUCUUACCCUUUACCUGUGCGCAGGGACCCAGGCAGAGAGCGCCCAGAGCAACAGACUGAUGAUGCUUCGGAUGCACAAUCUACAUGGGACGAAGCCCCCGCCUUCAGAGGGCAGUGAUGAAGAGGAGGAUGAUGAAGAGGAUGAAGAGGAGGAAGAAGAACGGAAGCCUCAGCUGGAGCUGGCCAUGGUACCCCACUAUGGUGGCAUCAACCGAGUUCGGGUAUCAUGGCUGGGUGAGGAUCCCGUCGCUGGGGUUUGGUCUGAGAAGGGCCAGGUGGAGGUGUUUGCGCUGCGGCGGCUUCUGCAGGUGGUGGAUGACCCCCAAGCCAUGGCUGCCUUCCUCCGGGACGAGCAGGCUCGCGUGAAGCCCAUCUUCACCUUCUCUGGCCACAUGGGCGAGGGCUUUGCACUCGAUUGGUCCCCCCGUGUGCCUGGUCGCCUGCUGACUGGUGACUGUCAGAAGAACAUCCACCUAUGGACACCUACAGACGGUGGCUCCUGGCACGUGGACCAGCGGCCAUUCGUGGGCCACACGCGCUCUGUGGAGGACCUGCAGUGGUCACCAACUGAGGACACGGUCUUUGCUUCCUGCUCAGCCGACGCCUCCAUUCGCAUCUGGGACAUCCGGGCAGCCCCCAGCAAGGCCUGCAUGCUCACCACAGCCACUGCUCAUGAUGGGGACGUGAACGUCAUCAGCUGGAGCCGCCGGGAGCCCUUCCUGCUCAGUGGCGGGGAUGACGGGGCCCUCAAGGUCUGGGACCUGCGGCAGUUCAAGUCCGGCUCCCCAGUGGCCACCUUCAAGCAGCAUGUGGCCCCCGUGACCUCCGUCGAAUGGCACCCCCAGGACAGUGGAGUCUUCGCAGCCUCAGGCGCAGACAACCAGAUCACACAGUGGGACCUGGCGGUGGAGCGGGACCCGGAGGCGGGAGACGCGGAGGCUGACCCUGAACUGGCGGCCCUCCCCCAGCAGCUGCUGUUCGUGCACCAGGGCGAGACUGACCUGAAGGAGCUGCACUGGCACCCGCAGUGCCCGGGUGUGCUGCUCAGCACCGCCCUGUCCGGCUUCACUGUCUUCCGCACCAUCAGCGUCUGAGGCGACCCAGUUGUGCCUUCCACCUGUGGACUGGGCUUGAGGUUGGUGCCCCGAAGGAGAUCCUUCAGGUGUGUCAGGGAGCCCUCCUUCAAGGAGCUGCAUUUCUUUCACCAGCCCAUUACCCAGCUCACUGGGUUCUGUUCAGCUUGUUGCCUGAAAGGACUUGGUUUGGCUUGGUGGUCCCCGCAGCCAGAGGACCCAGUUCCUCCCGGGGCUCUGGGAAGCAGCACCCACUGAAGACUUGGUUUGGCAGAGGGCCCCCGCCCUUCACAAGACCUGGCUGGCCUGGUACAGCCUGCGUGUUGGGUUUUUGUCUGCUGUGACUUGGCUCGACCCUCUGAUCUCUGCUCCAGAGAUCUCCCCCAGGAAACUCCAGGACUUUACAAUGGCUAGAUCGAGUUUGAGGUGUGGGUUUCCCCAACACAGUUGGGCUCUGUGCCCUUGUCUUGCUGACCGGGUUUGGCUGGCGUUCCCCCGUGGGGGCCAUGUGGGGCUCCCCUCCUCCCUGAGUGAAGGCCAGUGGGGGAGAAAGGUCGGGGCUCCCAGAGGCAAUAAACGACCAGUGAGACCUGAA